AUGGGCCGGUUGUCGUCGAAAAGCUACAUCAAGCUGCAUGCUCUCUUCCAGUUUGCCCUGGCUGUUUACCUCACCAACUGCCAGGAAAUUAUUUCAGACUGGGACCUGGAAUACAACGUCAACAAUGUUAUCCGGAUCGAUGCGACACCGACAUUCACACGCCCGCACUCUCCGCUCGCCUACUGCGGUGUUAUCCUAUUAACAUUCGCCCUCUUCGACCUAGUCCUAGCCAUCAAACUCCCCUUAAUAAAUCAAAUGAUUUUGAUAAUAAGCCGUCUCUUCGAUUCCAAUGGAAAUUCCCCCACCAUGUCCGCAGCGGCUAAUAAGAUGAUCCGGGUCUUCACCUCCCUCUUUACGCACAUAUGCAUCCUCCUCGCCAUAACCAGAUGCCUUGUCUUUUCUAUCAUAUCAAUACGAAUCUACGCUUCUGCCCCCGAGGUCUGGAUGCCGGCUACCUCUGCAGGAAUGCAAGAUGCUGCGGCGUUGGAUGCAAAAGUCAACCAUCUGAAAAAUAAAGUGGUGCUGGGAUAUGCAGUUGUGGAAAUGAUGUUCUCCGCUUCGCACGACCUCCCCUCACCAGACCAGACCGUCUCCGUGAUCAAACCAACAGGGAAGACGAAGACUGCUCUCUGGAAUUACCUCAACUUACCACGGAAUUCCCAGGCAUAUGUCAGUGCAGUUGCCUCCCCGACGCCGCAUUCUCUAUUUCCUUAUACGCAAGAUGCAUACUACAGUUCGAGCGUUCAUCCCCAAUCACAGGACUCAGAAGGAUCCUUGUUAUCUAGUGGGUAUGUCUCCAUGGGCGGCGCAUCUCAAGGCAACAUGACAACAAACAUUCAAAAUAUGGAUAUGAAUUCCCCAAAAUGCUACCUGCAUUCCUCCCUAGGUUCAGGCCAGUUAGCGCCGGACACUGUUUAUAACGACGCCCGACUGACUUUAAAACGCCAGAAUGAAUUACGCUCUCAUUGGAUAAUAAACAGCCAGUGCGCCGCAGACUUACAUGACUCGGGAGUCAAGCUAUGGAGAAAAGAGGAUCUUGCAGAUAUCGAACAACAGCUUGCACACUCCCGUACCAAGGAGAAGUUUACUGUCCGCCGUAUCGACGGUAGUGCCAUUCACAUAAGGAAUCCGAUGUUUGGGGUGCAGAAGCCAAUCUGGAGGCCAUAUGUUAAAUUUCAAGAGUUCUGGCAUCUCGUCCAAACCACACCUGAUGGUCCACCCGAGAUGUACUCCUGCACCUACCUCGUAGAGUGGAACAAUGAGACGAUGGAGAACGGGCGAUCGUUGUUUGAAAAGUCUCGAAACCAAUGGAACGACAGCGCGACCUGCGAGGCCUUCACGUCACAGAUUCGCAAUCUCCUAUGCGGGAAUGGGAAUGCGAAGAAGAUGAUUAAGAUCAUGUGUAACAGCUCCAAGUCAACGGCUGAACAAGAACCGGAAACAAGCGUGAUAGAAGCGUCCUUGAUACAUCAUGCGAUUGCGUUAACGGUGGCCGACGUAACACGUUCUCAUGCCGAAACGGGGGACGUAAGGGUAAGGCUGCUUGCUCAAGACCCGCUUUACUCGACUGAGAAGAAGGAUGUGUUACGGCAGAUUGGAUUUGAAGUUGUAGGGGAUCAUGGGGCUGGGGGCUUUGCAGAACUCGAUGACAUCGCACCGGUCAAGCAGAUCAUUGCGGAUCUCGCUCGGCCAGCCGUCAUCAUCUGCGCCAAACCGUACAAAGAUCCAGAUUCUCCGAGGACAAAGCAGAUGUGGAAAGAAUAUGAAAGCUGCGAAUUUCCAGUUCGGCCCGAGAUUGACCUGCUAGACGGCUCGCUGCAUCAGUUGAUAAUACAUGCUAGAAUUGAUGACCAGAAACGCCCGAGGUGA